AGUUAAUGGGGCGGCAUCGUGCGCUGUGUUUCUCCCCGCUGCUCUGUUGACGUUUGUAGUCUGCGAUAGACAAAAAUGCCCGAUCCUGCAAAAUCAGCCCCUGCACCCAAGAAGGGCUCCAAAAAGGCCGUGACCAAAACCCAGAAGAAAGGCGACAAAAAGCGCCGCAAGAGCAGGAAAGAAAGCUACGCCAUCUACGUGUACAAGGUGCUGAAGCAGGUGCACCCAGACACGGGCAUCUCCUCCAAAGCCAUGGGCAUCAUGAACUCCUUUGUCAACGACAUCUUCGAGCGCAUCGCCGGGGAAGCGUCGCGCCUGGCGCACUACAACAAGCGCUCCACCAUCACCUCCAGGGAGAUCCAGACCGCCGUCCGCCUGCUGCUGCCCGGGGAGCUGGCCAAGCACGCCGUGUCCGAGGGCACCAAGGCCGUCACCAAGUACACCAGCUCCAAGUAGAGGCGGACAGAGGCUCGACAUGAGGAGGGAAACACUCAAUCAACCUCCUCCCCCGUGUCGGGGGUAGACUUUGCCAAAACUGCGUUUGUGAUUUUGCACCAUUGUCGGUUUUCGAAGAGCGUGAAUGCCAGUUGAACCCAGGCCUUACGUGGAAUGUCUUAAGAUCCAGUGGAACUGUAGCCUGCCAUUUUAGGUUAAAUCAAUGUUUAUUUUUUCUGAGCGGUGUAACGUUUUUAACAGAUAAUUGAAUACAUUCAGAACGAAUGUAAGUCGGUGCUCUUCAACUGUGGAAGUCUCCUUUGCUUUGCACCAUUGUAAUACUGAUUUGAAUACAUGCACCUUAAUUGUGAGUAGGCUCAUGGCAGGCCCUACAGUUGAAACAAAGAUUGAGAUUAAAGCUGUGACUUACUACCA